UCCCUAAAGCCUUUGGAUUCCAGCUCGGGAUCUUCCUGCGCUGUUUCAUGUAAGGAUCUAGGAAGUAGUCCCGCUAUCCGAAUCGACUUGUCUUUAGUUUUUAAAACAGCAGAAGCGGAAAGUUUCUUCUCUUUAUAAGCCAAACAGCUCAGCGAGAGUAUGUCUUUCGUCCCAGGUCAGCCGGUGACUGCUGUUGUGGAACGAGUUGAGAUUCAGAAGCUGCGGCAAGGAGAGAAUCUCAUCCUUGGCUUCAGCAUCGGAGGAGGGAUAGAUCAGGACCCCGGGCAGAAUCCCUUCUCUGAGGACAAGUCUGACAAAGGCAUUUAUGUGACCAGGAUAUCACCUAAAGGCCCAGCAGACUUGGCCGGCUUGAAGAUAGGAGACAAAAUAAUGCAGGUGAACGGUUGGGACAUGACCAUGGUGACUCACGAUCAGGCUCGUAAAAAAUUAACCAAGAAGAAAGAGGAUGUGGUACGACUGCUAGUAACCAGGAAGUCGCUUGAGGACGCUGUCAAACACUCUAAGUGCUCUUAUGCCAAACACUAGUGUGGUGGCUCUACUUUCACACAGACUAAUGCCAUAGCCAAGGAAUGAAGACUCACUUGGAGAACACAUACUACCCCAAAUAGUUGCACCGUGGCCUUUAUACUCCAGUAAUGCAAAAACAGAUAAGUAAACAAACUGAGACAGAUCAGUUUGUUCAUUCAGAUCAGUCUGUAGAAAAUGAGACUCUGUUAUCUGUUUUGUUUUUUUCUCUCAUUUGUGGCAUAUCCGAUUAUAACUGAUCUCAGUAAAUUAUGGGAAAUAACGCUGCUUGAAUAACAGCAUUUGAGAUAUUUGCAGCGAUUAUCAUCUUCAUUUGCACUUAAAGCAAUUUAAAUUAGCAUUUGGAGAACAUUUAAUAGACCGGUUCUUCUGCAAGGAGUGUUAACUCAUUCACACAUUUAGAAUAUAUUUGUUAAGGAAUUUGUCCACACACCCUUCCCCCCCCCUUUAAAAAAAUAAAAUAAAAAUAGGUUAUUUGGGAACAAUCAGAGUUUAAUUUGUUUUCCAGCAGCUGACCAAAGUUAAACUGGACACACUGGAUACACCCAGAAAAAUUCACUGUUGUUUAUUCAUCUCAGUUAAAGAACCAAUAUUUUUCUGCCACUAACACAGCAACAAAUGCCAAAGUAAAAUCAAAGUUUGUGUAAUUUAGUAUUUCCAGUUUUGUUUUUCUUUAAAUAAUGGUACAGUAUAUUGUAUAAAAUCUAUGCAAAAAAUGUCAAUAGAGCCAAUUUCCAAUGUGUUUUUUUUUCUUAAUGAUAAUUCUACUGAUGCAUCACGUUUUUCAAGUUGCAUUCAGUCUAACAUCCUCUCACCUUAUGCAUCUGUUAAAGUAACUACACAGCCAGAAUUACAGUAAAGGUGUUUCAUAUUAACAUUACUUCACAUGUUGGAUGUUUCUGGAUGCACACUUGUCAAAUGAGCAUAUUUGCUUCCAGUUACCUUUUUAUCGGCUUCAGAAAGAGAACAAUGCUUUUUUGUUUGUUUGUUUGUUUGUUUGUUUGUUUGUUUUUCCUGGAGGAGAUGAUAUUCAGCAGUUGGCUCCACUGAGACUGUUUCGAGGUAUAAAUAGUUUUGUUUCUUGUCACUGAACAAAAGUCCAGUUUGAAACUGUAAAUCAGCCAAGAAGGAGUGAAUGUUGUUUGUUAACUUGAAAAUGUGCACAGCAGCCUUAAAUGUAUUAACACUAAGUUUUAAUAAUUCAUUUCCAAUUUGCCAGUGUGGUAUGAUCUCACUAGUGCAUCUUUCCUGCAACAUGUAAUAAAUGACACUGGAGACGACUUCUAAUAAGUAUGUUUGCUAUGAAACCUUUUCAGACUGAAACCGAUAUUCUGCUACAUUUCUUUUACUUUUGGGUGAACUUACUUUUUUUUUUUUGGUAUGUAAGUUGCUUAUAAAAUAUUAAAUUUUUUACAAUAUUAAACAAGCAAUAAUCAAGUUUGUAAAAUAAAUGGUUUGCUCAAAUAAAACACCUGUAUAACUGUAAAAACAAACAAACAUGCUGC